AUGUCUGGCGCAUCUGAUCGCGAGCCAGUCUUCCCGACCCGGCAGUCGCUGGGUAUCAUGAAGGCGAAGCUCAAGGGAGCUGAGACUGGUCACAGUCUGCUGAAGAGGAAGAGUGAAGCUCUCACAAAACGUUUCCGAGAGAUCACGAGAAGAAUAGACGAAGCCAAGCGCAAGAUGGGUCGGGUCAUGCAGAUCGCCGCCUUUUCCCUGGCCGAAGUUACAUACGCUGUCGGCGGCGACAUUGGCUACCAGGUGCAGGAGUCCGCUAAGUCGGCCCGGUUCCGGCUUCGAACUCGCCAGGACAAUGUGUCUGGUGUAUUGCUGCCUGCGUUCGAAAGCUACCUGACGGAAGGGAAUAACGAUUUUGGUCUGACCGGUCUCGGCAAGGGAGGUCAGCAAGUCCAGCGCUGCCGCGAGACAUAUGCUCGAGCAGUGGAAGCUCUCGUUGAGCUUGCCAGCUUGCAAACGGCCUUUGUCAUUCUCGACGAGGUCAUCAAGGUGGUCAACAGACGAGGUCAGAUAACAAUGACGCCUGUCACCACCGUAUUACAGCCUGCUAACUCUCCCCAAGUCAACGCCAUCGAGCAUGUUAUUAUACCCCGCACAGAGAACACCAUCAAAUACAUUAACUCAGAGCUGGACGAGGUCGCCGGCAAGAAACAACGAGACAAUGCUGUUGCUGAUGCGGAGAUGAAGGCGAAGCGCCUAGCGCAAGCCAAGGCCGAAGGGGACGAGGCGGCGGUCGAAGCAGCCGAGGAUGAGCCUGCCGAUAUGCUGGCGGCCGAGGAGGACGACGAUGUCAUCUUUUAA